AUGUCCAACGGUGCUGUUGCCAACGGCUCCCCCGCGCAGACGCACACCGCGUCGCAGCGCUAUCUCAGCACGCGGGGCAAUGAUAGCGGUCUUUCUUUUGAGGAAGUCGUCCUCAAGGGCCUCGCCUCGGACGGCGGUCUGUACAUCCCCGAAGAGGUCCCAACGGCGCCGGAAUGGGAGUCGUGGAAGGACCUUCCGUUUGUCGACCUCGCCUUCAACAUCCUGUCGCUCUAUAUCUCGCCCUCCGAAAUCCCUGCCGAUGACCUCAAGGACAUCAUCCGCCGCAGCUAUUCGACCUUCCGCUCCGACCAAGUCACCCCACUCAUCCACCUCCAAGACAACAUUCACCUGCUGGAGCUGUUCCACGGGCCUACCUUCGCCUUCAAAGAUGUGGCCCUGCAAUUCCUCGGUAACCUGUUCGAGUACUUCUUGGUGCGACGGAACGAGGGCAAGACGGGGCGGGAUAGGUAUCACCUCACUGUUGUGGGCGCGACAAGCGGCGACACGGGUUCGGCCGCUAUCUAUGGCCUGCGCGGGAAGAAGGAUGUCUCCGUCUUCAUGCUCCACCCCAAAGGUCGCGUGAGCCCCAUCCAGGAGCUCCAGAUGACCACAGUGCUGGACGCCAACGUUCACAACCUCGCCGUCACUGGCAACUUUGACAACUGCCAGGACAUUGUCAAGGCUCUGUUCGCCGACACCGACAUCAACUCGACCCACAAGCUCGGCGCCGUUAAUUCGAUCAACUGGGCGCGCAUCCUCGCCCAGACUGUCUACUACUUCUACUCGUACUUCUCCCUCGCCCGCCAACAACCCGACUCCUUCCAGGUCGGCGACAAGGUCCGCUUUGCAGUUCCAUCGGGUAACUUCGGAGACAUUCUGGCCGGCUACUUUGCCCAUCGCAUGGGCCUGCCCGUCGACAAGCUUGUCAUCGCGACCAACGAGAACGACAUCCUCGACCGCUUCUGGAAGACGGGUCGGUACGAGAAGAAGCCCACCUACGGCAAGGCCGCCGAGGGUGGUCUCGAGACCGACGGCGUCAAGGCCCACGAGGACGGCGUCAAGGAGACGCUCUCGCCGGCCAUGGACAUUCUGGUCUCGUCCAACUUUGAGCGCCUUCUCUGGUUCCUCGCCUACGAGUUCGCGUCGAGCGCCGGCAUGGACGACGAGUGGAACAAGAAGCAGGCCGGGCAGGAAGUUGCGCGGUGGCUGUCGGACCUCAAGACCAAGGGCGGCUUCGGCCCCGUGUACAAGGACGUGCUCGAGGCGGCACGCCGCACCUUUGAGAGCGAGCGCGUCAGCGACCAGGAGACGCUCGAUACCAUCCGCGCAAUCUACAAGGAGGUUGGCUACGUGCUGGACCCGCACACGGCCGUCGGCGUCGAGGCCGCCAAGCGGUCGGCUGCGCGCGCCGCCGGCGACGGCGUCCCGGGUGUGCCCAUCAUCUCGCUCUCGACGGCCCACCCCGCCAAGUUUGCUGGUGCCGUCACGCUCGCGUUGCAGGACGAGGAAGGAUUUGAAUUUGAUUCCAAGGUGCUGCCGCCCGAGUUUGUCGGGUUGGAUAAGAAAGAGAAAAGGGUGCGCGACGUGGCGAACGAUUGGAAGGCUGUCCGGGAGCUGGUCAAGGAGGAGGUCGAGGAAGAGUUGAAGGGCCAGAGGUGA